AUGGCCGAAACAGAGCACGACUACGACAGCGCAUCAAGCAAUGACAUCGCAGCUCACCGCAGCGUUAGCGGUGCCCACGCCGCGCUAGAAAAGCAAAGUACCGCCGCAUCGGGGCUAUCGGUGUUCGAGCAGCGCGCGCAAUCAGUAGUAUCGCGCAUUCGGAGUCGAGACCCGGGACAAACGGCCAAAUUUAGUCAUCCGCUUACGCAUACGAAGACGAGCCCCGAUGUUAUUGUUGAUUUUGAAGGGCCGGAUGAUCCGUAUAGACCUCUUAAUUGGAGUUUUAGGAAGAAGGCUAUUACGACUGUUUUGUAUGGGCUGACCACUAUGGGGUCGACGUGGGCGAGUUCGGUAUAUUCAACCGGCCAGACACAGAUUAGCGAGGAGUUCGGCGUUUCAACCGAGGUCGCUACGCUCGGCACCUCAUUACUACUAUUCGGGCUGGGAUUGGGUCCAUUGAUCUGGGCUCCUUUGUCGGAGCUUUAUGGACGCAAGACUGCCGUACUCCCACCGUAUUUCCUGGCUGCCAUUUUCUCCUUCGCAACUGCCACUGCGAAGGACCUACAGACUGUCAUGAUCACCCGGUUCUUCACGGGAUUCUUUGGCUCGGCACCAGUCACAAACACUGGUGGAGUCCUGAGUGAUAUCUGGACUCCCGAGCAGCGGGGAGCUGCUAUUGUCGGCUAUGCUAUGGCUGUGGUAGGCGGACCUGUUCUGGGCCCUAUUGCCGGUGGUGCAAUCUGUCAAAGUAAUCUAGGCUGGCGGUGGACCGAAUACAUCACUGGUAUUAUGAUGAUGUUCUUCUUAAUCAUGGAUCUCCUCUUCGUAGACGAGAGCUAUCCCCCAGUUCUACUAGUCUACAAAGCGCAACGACUCCGAUUCGAGAGCGGCAACUGGGCACUGCAUGCCCGACACGAGGAAUGGGACGUCACCCUCAAAGAAAUCGGAAACAAGUACCUAGUCCGACCAUUCCAGCUUCUCACAACACCAAUCUGUUUCCUGGUAGCACUCUACGCCUCCUUCGUCUACGGCAUUCUCUACCUCAGUCUCGCCGCCUUCCCAAUCGUCUUCCAAGAAGUCCGAGGUUGGAACCAAGUCGUUGGCGCCCUCCCCUUCCUAGCAUACCUAGUCGGUAUCCUACUAGGCGCGUGCAUCAACCUCGCCAACCAAAGCUUCUACAUCAAGCGCUUCAAAGCAAACAACAACCGCCCCGUUCCGGAAGCCCGUCUCCCGCCUAUGAUGAUCGGCUCUGUGCUGUUCGCCGGGGGAAUGUUCGUCUUUGGCUGGACAAGCCCCAAAAACAUUCAUUGGAUCGCGCCAAAUAUCGGUGCUGUGAUGAUGGGAUUCGGAUUCUUCACAAUUUUCCAGGCCGCGCUGAACUAUCUCAUCGAUACGUUCCAAAGAUACUCUGCUAGUGCGAUUGCGGCAAAUACAUUCCUCCGGUCGAUUUUUGCCGGCUGCUUCCCGCUCUUCACAACUGCCAUGUUUCAUAAUCUGGGAGUUCCCUGGGCGGCUAGUAUCUUGGGAUUCAUUUCUGUAGCGCUCAUCCCGAUUCCUUACUUGUUUUACAGGUAUGGAAAGAAGAUUCGAGCACGCGGGACGUGGUCGAAAGAGUCGGUUUGA